AUGAACGAAGAUGAUAUGCUCAAACGUUUCUGGGAAAUUGAAGCGGAGCCGUCUGGUCCCACUAAGCUGUUAACUGAAGAAGAACGAAGGUGUGAAGAUCUUUUCGCUUCCACGACUGCGAGAGACGCAGAGGGCAGGUAUGUGGUGAAGUUGCCGUUUAGGGACGAGCCAACCUGCAAAGGAAAUUCACGUGAGAUAGCUGUCAAAAGGUUACACACUUUAGAAAGAAAGUUCAGUAGAGAUCCAACAUUUAAAGCACGAUACUCUGAGGUGAUAAGAGAGUAUGAACAGCUCGGUCACAUGGUUCCUGUGACAGAAAGCGACCGCAAAACAAAAGAAGGAAUCUACUUACCUCACCAUGCCGUGAUCCGCGAGGACAAGGUCACCACCAAGGUCAGAGUCGUAUUUGACGCUUCCUGCAAAUAUGACGACGGAAUAUCGCUAAACGACCGGCUUAUGACAGGACCUACUUUGCAAUCCGAAUUACGUCACCUCAUUAUGCGAUGGAGAUUGUAUCCUGUCUGUCUUGUUGCGGAUAUAGUAAAGAUGUACAGGAUGGUAAGAGUAGCAAACGAGGACACAGACUUCCAGCGCAUAGUGUGGCGCGAAAAGGCUGAAGACAAAGUAAAGGAUUACAAGUUGCUGACUGUCACCUUCGGGACUGCGUCAGCGCCUUACUUGGCAGUCAAAGCCCUCAACCAAGUAGCAAUCGACCACCAGGAGCAGUAUCCUACAGCUGCACCGCGAGUCCAUCAAGAAUUCUACAUGGACGAUUUAAUGACCGGGUGCGAAACCGAAGAAGAAGGUCUACAGCUGUAUCAAGAGAUGAAAGGCUUACUGAACGAGGGAGGGUUCGUGCUACAAAAAUGGGCAAGCAACAAAGAAGAAUUGUCAAAGCAGAUCGAUAAAAGAGAAAAAGAGUACCUAGGAAACGAAGAACAAAAGAAUAAUCUGGAAAUAAAAACAGAUAACAUAACAAAAAUACUCGGACUUACCUGGAACCGCGAUAACGAUGAAUUUCAGUACUCGGUGAAACUGCCGCCGCUGUCGCCUCCUGCAACAAAAAGAAAAAUAAUUUCCGAUGUUUCACGUUUGUUCGACCCAUUGGGAUGGUUAGCACCGUGUGUCAUCACAGCGAAAAUAUUUAUACAGCGUCUAUGGUUAGCAGGGAUUGGAUGGGAUGAGGAGCCUCCAUCUGAUAUAGUACAUGACUGGUUAACUUACCGUGAUCAAUUAGCUUACCUUAUAGACUUUCGUAUCCCACGAUGGCUUUACACACACAAGGAUGACACUCUCUAUGAACUGCACGGGUUCUGCGACGCAUCAACCGCCGCUUACGCCGCAGUAGUUUAUCUUCGAGUAGUGGACUCAACUGGGAAUAUAAAGGUUGCUUUAGUGACAACUAAAACAAGAGUAUCACCUGUCAAACAGGUUAGCAUUCCCAGAUUGGAGCUUUGUGGAGCAGUGCUUGUGACCAAACUGUUGAUUGAAGUUGCAGAAGUUAUGAAGAUCCCGAAAACACACAUAAGAGCGUGGACAGAUUCCACAGUUGUUCUGGCGUGGCUCAAUAAGCACCCAAGCAGCUGGAAAACCUUUGUUGCGAACCGAGUAUCCGAGAUAUUGACCAAGACGGAUUCAGCACAAUGGUCUCACGUCUCGACAAAGGAAAAUCCAGCAGAUUGUGCUUCUCGAGGUAUGCAGCCAUCAGAGUUAAUGGAGCACGAGUUGUGGAAGUUAGGCCCUAAAUUUCUGCACGAGAAGACCAUUAACUACUCAAAGCCUAAAGAUAAUGAUACAAACCUUGAAGCGUUCUGGACCAAAUAUUCAACGCUCAACAAGCUUACACGUGUUGUUGCGUAUUGCAGACGUUGUUUGAGAAAACGGGAUUACGCAAUGAACCAUCAAGCCAACGGCCCAUAUUUGCAAAAGCGGGAGUUAGAUGAAGCACUUUUGACCUGCGUUAAAAAGUGUCAAAACGAUGAGUUCAAGAACGAAAUCGAGGAAAUCAACAAAAACGGGUACAUUAGUUCAAAAACUUCCAAGAUUCGUUCCUUAACGCCCUUUCUUGAAAAUGGGAUAUUGCGAGUGGGCGGCCGGUUGGAUAACGCUUCAGAUCUAGAAGUAGCAAAGCAUCCUAUUAUUUUACCUUACGAGUCGCAGCUAACUAAGCUCAUAGUGACAGAUGCCCAUGAACGUACACUUCAUGGCGACCAGCGAGCUAUGCUGAACUACUUAAAGUCAGCAUACUGGAUAGUACGAGCUAAGGACUUAGUCAAACAUUGCAUACGCAAAUGUGUGCGCUGCGUUCGUCACAAGGCCAAGAUCGAAACUCAGUUGAUGGGAGCCUUACCUUCAGCCAGAGUAACUCCAGGAAGAGCAUUCAUCCGCAGUGGUGUUGACUAUGCGGGACCCAUCAACCUAAGAACUACAAAGGGACGAGGACAUCGCUCAUACAAGGGAUAUGUGUGCUUGUUUGUUUGUAUGGUAACCAAGGCCAUACACCUUGAGGUCGUGAGUGAUCUUACCUCAAUCUUACCUCACGUGGAUUUCUUGAAGCCUUUAAGAGAUUCACAUCCAGACGUGGCCGCUGCUUAG